UUUUAGAUUUUUCGUACACUUCCUUCCGGAGGUUCCGGGCUCGGGCGUCGGAUCGGGGAACCACCCUGAGCAGGGAGAUCUGCUGUUGGGAUUAAGACCACCCCAAUGUGUUUCUGUCCUUACUUUACUUGUUACUGGACACAGAGGUGCAGCCGCUUGACUUCUGCGGACUGAAAAGUAGAAGCAGCUGAUCGCAAUACUUGCAGAGUUUGCUACAAAACCAGGAAGUCCUUAUUUUUAUUUUUUUCCCCCCAGUUUGUCAACCAAACAUCUAAAGUUGAAAGAGGAUAUGAAAAACCUAAACCCCAAGCCAGCAUUGUAACCUUCUCCUCACGUCUUCUGUUCUGUUGCAUGUACUGUGAGACCCCACAAGUUCGGGCCCAUGAGGGAAUACAAAGUGGUGGUGUUAGGCAGUGGUGGGGUUGGGAAGUCUGCUUUGACUGUACAGUUUGUGACAGGCACUUUCAUUGAGAAGUAUGAUCCUACCAUUGAGGAUUUCUACCGCAAGGAGAUUGAAGUGGACUCCUCACCCUCUGUGCUGGAGAUCUUGGACACAGCAGGCACAGAACAAUUUGCCUCCAUGAGGGAUCUCUACAUAAAGAACGGUCAAGGUUUCAUAUUGGUGUACAGCUUGGUCAAUCAGCAGUCAUUCCAGGACAUAAAACCCAUGCGGGAUCAAAUCGUGCGAGUCAAGAGAUAUGAAAAGGUUCCUCUCAUCCUCGUCGGGAACAAAGUGGACCUGGAGUCAGAGCGAGAAGUUAUGGCAGCUGAGGGUCGCUCACUGGCUCAGGAAUGGGGCUGCCCUUUCAUGGAGACUUCGGCCAAGAGCAAGACAAUGGUGGAUGAACUGUUUGCUGAAAUUGUACGGCAAAUGAACUAUGCUUCUCUGCCUGAAAAACAGGAUCAGUGUUGUACCACUUGCACUGUUCAAUGAGAAACUCAAAGAAGGACCUCAAACAUGGCCAUAAAGAGCAGAUAACUCAGAGGAAAUUUGCACAGCUACCGCUUUGGAGAACAUAACCGCCCAGGUUGCAGAUCUGAGCCUUGAUAAAACCUGUCUGUACAACAGCACAUUGCCAUACAUAUCAUCGAAUGCUUAGGGUGUGUCUUUUACACUUGCAUACCUUCAGCAGCUGUGUUUAGCACAUUAACCACGAGUUAGCAUCUUUUUUUUUUUUUUUUCCUUUCAGUUUUUAAAGCUUUCUUUGUUCUUAUUAACAGUUAAUAUGCAAGUUCAUUCUUCUUUAUAUAUAUUUUUUUUUUUAUUUUAAUUGAUUUGUGAACAUGUAUUUAUUAAAUACUUAACUCAGUAUUACCUUCUUAACGCCUUUUUAAAACAUUUUUUUAACCGAGGAUAAUUUUAGCCUUAAUCACAUGGUUACUGCUGUAUAUUACCUCACAUCUGCCCUUAAUUUGCUAGUUCUCUUCUGAAAGUGGUUGGCGAAUACUUUGAGACUAUGUUUACGUUUUAAGUGUCAAAUGAAGCUGCUCAAAAUGCCCCCGCUUGUAGCGCUCUUAAAUAUUGUGGCCUGCAUUGAUUAAGUAAUGUUACUGCAAGAGAUACCUAUAUGCUUGAAAGGCCAUGUUUGCAAACCUGUACUAGUGAGUAAUUCACACUGGUGUGUUUGAAGGCCAAUCGAUGAGGCAGAACUAGGACUUAUCAUGGGCCACUAAAUAUUUAAAUGAGUUGAUUUUGGUCUCAUGAUGUUAUUUUAAUCAGAUUUUUCAGUGAGUUAAUUCUUGCCAGUCAAUUUCAUCAGUGGGGGUUGUUGUGUUUUUUUUUUUUUUUUUUGUUUUUUUUACUUUAGCAAGUAUUUAAGCAACUUAUGUUCUUGAUUUCAGCCAAGCUUGCUUCACAUCGCCAAUUGUAGGCAUAUACUGGCUCACAACAGGUCAGUAUUGGGCUGUGCAGUUGAGUUUAGGGGCUUGUUAAAUCAAUGGCACAAAAGUUUUAUGAUUCACCCAGUUUUCAGAGUCACCUUGCUGUCUAAAGACUAAGGCCAAGCGACAAUUAAAAGGAAAUACAAGUUGUAAAGUUCCUGCCACAAAACAGUCACAUGUGGGAAAGUGUUUUAUUCACAUCUGUGGAUGAACAGGAAAGAGUGCUCAUUGAAAUAAUGAUUAGUAUAACUUAACGUAACACACACUCAGGCUUUACAUUUUGAGAUAAUCCCUCUACUAUAAGGACGUAAACCACAUUUUGGAGAUGUCUUCACAGUUAUUAAGGGAUAACAUUUCAUCACUCUGGGUGUUUACUACGACAUACAAUUAAAAUGUUUCUGAUUGCUAAUAUGCUUGUGCCUCUGAUUUUUUUUUUUUUUUAUGGGCUUGUGUGUGCCCCUUUUAUGGAAACCAGUGGUUCUAAUAUAUAUAUAUAUAUAUAAUUUCUUUUAGAUUCCAAUUUUUUUUAUUGAUUUUUUUUUUUUUUUCAAAGCUUAUUGGUCAUCUGCCUUUAUUAUUCUUUAGGAGAGCAUUGUUAACUUUUUUUUUUUUUUGUAAAGUAAUGACAUUUUGAUUUGCUUCCCACCUGUGCACAUUUAAGUCUAUUGCAAAUAAAAUUAUUUUAUUAGUUCGUAAUAGUUGUGUUUUUGAAUCAGCUUGUUUACAAAUAAAAAAUUAAAAAAACACCUGCACAAUUCUGUGUACUCUACCCAGAUUUCUGUCCCUCAUUAUGAGCUGAAUUUAGUCCCUGGUUUUUGCAAUGUGAAAUGCCAGUGACACAAACCAUAUGUGCUUUAAGCAGUCAGUACCAGGAUACUUAAACAUGAUAGUAAGCCUUUAAAUCCAAAGAGGCCCUAAUUUUACUUUUCAUAGUUGCCUGCAUCAGGUGAGAUUCCAACAACAGCAAAAGUUUUCUCAAACUGGCCCUUUCUGGCAGCUUAGGGGUUAAAUUGACACUCAAUAUUAGGUUACAUUAAUAUAGAGUGUUUAUUUUUCUUAUGUUUUGUGAUGCAUAUAGAAUAAGGGGACACCCCACUUUUUUUUUCUGCACAAUAUUUAAUCACUGAAAAGGUAUUUACCAAAGGCUCAAAAAGCCCAAUUUAUCCUCUUGGCAGCAAUUUAAAUUGAGAGUCUGCAUAACACCUGCAGCAGCCAGUGUUUGACUCAAUUACACCAUUAUUGAACUUGAUAUUCUCUAGAAGGUAUAUUUGACUGUGUAAUGGGUUUAUAAGAGAAUUGUUAGUCUAGCAAAUUCCUGAGAUACUGUUCUUCUCGAGUAUCUCAAAUGGUGUGUUUCUUUUCAUAGACCAUAUUAUUAAUUGACAACGUUGAUUAAUAAUAAUGUUAUUACCCUAUCAUGUACUACAUAAGUUUGCAAAAUCAAAUCAUUAAAUCCAAUCAUAAAGUAGGCCACUGUAGUGACCACUAGGGAUACUGUAAAGGAAACAAGCUCUUACAAAAAGCAAUAAAAUAACUUUGCUGUAAAACUCACAAUGUAUUUUCUGUUUAACUCAAUACUGAUGCAAAUUGAACUUGCUCUAAACUGACUUGCAAAAUAUUUAGAAAACUGCUGAUUCAUAAUUGACAAAUAUCCAAAGUGAAUCUGGACUUCUUGUAUAUUUUUGAGUGGAGUAGUAUUUUGGAUUUGUUAGGAUUUUGGAAUUUUUCUUUGAUAUGAAACUCUUGUUUCAUGUUUGUUUUUUUUAUGGUAAGUUUUUUAAUAACUUUGUUUCCUCCUCCUUUCCUUUGAGUCAUAGAAAAUUGUGUAUAACCAGAGGCAAAUGUUCAUGUAAAAUGCACUUUACUACCAAGUUUAACCAAAUCAUGGGUAGCUGUUAAAAUGCAUUAACUGUUUGUAGUGCACAUGGGAAAAUACUCUUAAAAAGACACACACAUGUAAGCAAUAUUUGUAAACCAUUUCUUUUUUUUUUUUUUAAAUGAUUGUGUUCUUUAUAAUUUACCAAGUCAUAGAUGGUGAACCUUUUUUAUGAGAGCAUGUUUAAAUUAUUAAUCUACUAAAAAAUAUAUAUUUUCACAGGCAGUAUUGUGGUAGCCCAUGGCCACGGUAUACUGUGUGCCAAGAAAAACAUGGCAAGGUUCCCCACUUCUGAAUUAUGAUAUUUGACAUACUCAUACUCGUACCUCAUACAUCAGCUGAAGUCCGAAGCAUUGAUUUGCAGCACUCCAUUUCCUGCAUUGCUAGGAAACUGGCAUUUGUGAGCGUAAAUAUGUCCCUGCAGAUAUGAUGUUGGUAUAUACCAUCUAGUCUUAGUGGAACUUAAAAGCUCUCUAACACAAGUCCAUAUGCAUCACAAGAAAUCACAGCUUCAGAGAUUAAGCCAAACAUAAAAUUUAGUAAUCAUUUAUGUACAGGUUCUUACUUUUGUAGGAAAAAUUAAUCUCUGAUAAAGCACAAAAUCAAGAAUAUGUUGAUUUAGCUCCAGAUGAGAUUUUUCUGGGUAUCCUAUUAUAAGAUGGAUGUGUGCAGUCCUUUUGCUUGUGCUGCCCUAAGAUGAUGAUGUAUUUUGUUAAUAAGGUGUUAAUAUAUUUAAUGACACAUUCAGGCUUCUUUUCCUCACCGUCUCUUUACAAGGUGAUGUUUUUGUUGUUCUUUGUUUUUACCCCUAAUUUAGCUAUUACAUUUUUCUACUAAUGUAUUUUCUUACAGUACUCUUGUCAUGUUCCUUUUUUUAAGGGAUUUUUUUUUCCCCAUGAGACAUUUAUACCUCUUAACAUUGCUUCCUAGUUACAUUCCAGCAGAAGAUUUCCAGAAAUGUUUUACCUAUGUUCAUUAACAUUUGCUGGUUUAAGGGAAGGGUCUGAAUUUUGCUGGCCUUGCCUAUAAUACAUUGGAUACGUAAGCUGAGAUUUAACUUUUUAGUACAUGGUUUCUUCAGCACAGUAAAUGGAAGAAAUGGACCAAAAGAUAUCAGAGCCUCUGGAUGAAUGUGCAUGUGGGAUUGCUGUUUGAGGCUGAUAUUUAUUAAUACAACAAAUGUAUUUUUAUGGCAUCGGGCUAGCAAGUUGCUCUACAAACUGACGGUGUUAAACUUGGACAUUUAACUAUGUAUUAAUUGCCGAUCUAGUAAAUUAACAGAACUGGGGAUAAACACAACCUCUGCAAAGCUUUGUGUUGGAAAUUCUGAGUUCAUUGUUGGCAUUUUGUAAAACAGCCCUACAAUUCACUCGUUUGUAAAGUUUAUUUUUUUUUAUAUAUAUAUAUCUCUAUAAAAUAAAUCUGUAUUACUGACAA